CCCUUGGCGGCUGCCGCGCGACGCUCGCGGCGCACUCGGAGCCCGGCGGGCAGCCGGAGGCAGAGGCGGGCCGGGCCGAGUGCGGAGCCAAGCCGGGCCCCGGGGCCGAAGUUUGGCCGCGGCUCGGGAGGCGGCGCGGGCGGCCGGGGACUUCCAGCCCGCUCUCGCGUCUUCGCCUGGGCCCCUCAACCGCCGGGGGCGCGGUCGCCGCGGCUCGGCCAACUCCGAGGCGGGGACGCCAAGCCAGGAACUUGAGGCCCGAGAGGGAUGUGAAGGCCCAAAAUGACCCUCCUCCCUGGGGACAACUCUGACUACGACUACAGCGCCCUGAGCUGCACCUCCGACGCAUCCUUCAACCCAGCCUUCCUCCAGCACAGCCAGGCCCUCAAGGGCGUGUUCUACCGCCGGGCCCAGAGGCUGCGGCCGCAGGACGAGCCCCGCCUGGGCGGCCAGCCCGAGGACCGCCGACGCCGGAUCAUCAUCAACGUGGGCGGCAUCAAGUACUCGCUGCCCUGGACCACGCUGGACGAGUUCCCGCUGACGCGCCUGGGUCAGCUCAAGGCCUGCACCAACUUUGACGACAUCCUCAACGUGUGUGAUGACUACGAUGUGACCUGCAACGAGUUCUUCUUUGACCGCAACCCGGGCGCCUUCGGCACCAUCCUGACCUUCCUGCGGGCGGGCAAGCUGCGGCUGCUGCGCGAGAUGUGCGCCCUGUCCUUCCAGGAGGAGCUGCUCUACUGGGGCAUCGCCGAGGACCACCUGGACGGCUGCUGCAAGCGCCGCUACCUGCAGAAGAUCGAGGAGUUCGCGGAGAUCGUAGAGCGGGAGGACGAGGACGAAGCGCCGGACAGCGAGGGCCACGGCAGCGAGGGCCCGGCGGAGGCCGAGGGCCGCCUGAGCCACUGCAUGCGCAGACUUCGCGACAUGGUGGAGCGGCCGCACUCGGGGCUGCCCGGCAAGGUGUUCGCCUGCCUCUCAGUGCUCUUUGUCACCGUCACCGCCGUCAACCUGUCCGUCAGCACCUUGCCCAGCCUGAGGGAAGAGGAGGAGCAGGGCCAGUGCUCCCAGAUGUGCCACAACGUGUUCAUCGUGGAGUCGGUGUGCGUGGGCUGGUUCUCCCUCGAGUUCCUCCUGCGGCUCGUCCAGGCACCCAGCAAGUUCGUCUUCCUGCGCAGCCCGCUGACGCUCAUCGACUUGGUGGCCAUCCUGCCCUACUACGUCACCCUGCUGGUGGAUGGCGCCGCCGCGGGCCGCCACAAGCCCGGCGUGAGCAACAGCUACCUAGACAAGGUGGGGCUGGUGCUGCGCGUGCUGCGGGCGCUGCGCAUCCUGUACGUGAUGCGCCUGGCCCGCCACUCGCUGGGCCUGCAGACGCUGGGGCUCACGGCCCGCCGCUGUACCCGCGAGUUCGGCCUGCUGCUGCUCUUCCUGUGCGUGGCUAUCGCCCUCUUCGCCCCCCUCCUCUAUGUCAUCGAGAACGAGAUGGCCGAGAGCCCCGAGUUCACCAGCAUCCCUGCCUGCUACUGGUGGGCCGUCAUCACCAUGACCACCGUGGGCUACGGAGACAUGGUCCCCAGGAGCACCCCUGGCCAGGUGGUGGCGCUGAGCAGCAUCCUCAGCGGCAUCCUCCUCAUGGCUUUUCCGGUGACCUCCAUCUUCCACACCUUCUCCCGCUCCUACCUGGAGCUCAAGCAGGAGCAGGAGAGGCUGAUGUUCCGGAGGACCCAGUUCCUCAUCAAAACCAAGUCGCAGCUCAGCAACAUGUCCCAGGACAGUGACAUCUUGUUUGGAAGUGCCUCUUCGGACACCAGAGACAACAACUGAACCCAGAGGGCCGCCGCUGCCGCCAGGACACCCCCUCCCCCUCUGUGGCUUGAAGCAAUUGCCAACCACAAACCUGCAAAGGGACGGAC